GCCGGUUUUGGCGGAGGAAAGUCUGGCCCUGUUACUGCACUAUGGAUCCACUGGGGCAUGCAAGAAGUGCUCCUGCCCAAGGUGCCAAGGAAGGAUUAAGCAAGCCCGCCGUUCCCCAGAAGAAUGCUUAUGCUCGGCUUGUGCAAAAGCACCACAGCGGUCGGUUCCGGUCCUACAUGAACCGAGUUGCACAGAAGAUGCAGCUGGAAGAGAGCACGUCCAACGAGCACAGCUCAGACCUGGAGCUGCCCCUGCGGAGAGGGCUGGUGAAGGAAAACCUGGCCAGGAAUGGGUUGAAUGUGCGCAGCUAUUCCCCAGUGAGAGCAUCUCACCUGGAACAGCCUGGAGGAUUUGAGAACGAUAAACCCCAAACCCUUUUUAACAGAUGUCUUCAUAGGAAAAAUGCCAGCGUUAACUCAGAAGGAGACUUGGAGGUGGAGGAAGACUGUUACGUACAUCGGCACGGGGCUGCGGCUGACUUGUUAAAUAUGAGUGAUGCCAUGGGUAGGCGAGUAUCGACCGGCCUGAGACACAGCGCAGCUCUGCAGAAGUCUUCUGGUUCUGAUGAAAAGGAUGAGGAGGACAUGUGGAGGAGGAAACAUAAGAAACGAGGCAGGUGUCCUGCCAACACUGAUAUGGCAGCUGGACACUUGUUGACUGAGCACUUUAGUGGGGAUGUGCUGGCAGCAAAUGCCAGGAGAACCAGUCUCUUGUCUGCAGGUCAAGUCCAAGGUGCAGAAAAGAGAGGGUUUGCAAGGACCAGAAACAACUCGGAAUCCACGAGAGCUCCCCAGAACUUCGAUAGGAAGAGACAACUUUCUGAAUCGCAGACAGAAACAAUGAGCAAUUCAGACAGCAGAAUAAAUCCUAGACAACUGGGAACUCCCAGAGGAGGACCCUAUGCUGCUGUCCCAACAUCUGGUGACAGAAAGAAUCGAAAUAAGCCUGCUCGAGGGAAGAAGAAGAGUAUAUUCGAAGCCUACAUGUCAAAGGAAGAUGUUUCAGCAGGACUGAAAAGGAGAGAGCUUAUUCAGGGACCCUUGAGAAUAAAUCCUAAGAAGUACCAUGAAGCCUUCAUUCCAUCUCCAGAUGGGACUCGUGAUAUCUUUAUUGAUGGAGUGGUUGCUCGCAACAGAGCCCUGAAUGGUGACAUCGUGGUGGUGAGACUGCUUCCCAGGGAGCAAUGGAAGGUAAUAAAGCCAGAUGGUAGUGACAAAGAAACAGAAGCCACGCAUGAAUCAGAUGUCCCUGAGGAUACGCUGGGGACUUGUGUGCCUCGAGAGGCGGCAAAAGGCGACGCUAAGAGUCCGGAUGUCAUUAUCGAAGCUCAAUUUGAUGAUAAUGAUGCAGAGCAUGGACAAGACCACUUGCCGGACACGUUGGCUCAUGACAUCAAGAAACUUUCCCUGGAUACCACUGAAAAGGUGAAAGCUGGUGGGAUCGGUGCUGUGCACAGAACAAAACAAGAGGAGGUACCCAAGGUGAACGAUCCCAGGCUCCUCCCAGAUAAGUUCCUUCAAAGGACAGCUAAGGUGGUCUAUAUUUUGGAAAAGAAGCAUUCUCGAGCAGCUACAGGCUUCAUCAAGCUUCUGGCAGACAAGAACAGUGAGCUCUUCAAGAAGUGUGCCAUGUUCUCACCUGUGGACCACAGAGUGCCCAGAGCCUACGUGUCUUUGGCAGACUGCCCCUCAGACUUUGUGGCCAGACCUGAGGACUAUUCAAAUAUGCUCUUCAUCUGUCGCAUAGUGGAUUGGAAAGAAGACAGCAACUUUGCAUCAGGGCAGUUGGCCAAAAGUCUUGGUCAGGCGGGGGAGAUCGAGCCGGAAACGGAAGGAAUCCUGACAGAGUAUGGCGUGGAUUUCUCUGACUUUUCCCCCGAAGCCCUGGAAUGCCUUCCCCAAAGCCUGCCCUGGGUUAUCUCACCGGGAGAGAUGGCCAAAAGGAGAGAUUUAAGGAAAGAAUGUAUUUUCACCAUCGACCCAUCAACUGCCAAAGAUCUUGAUGAUGCUUUGUCCUGUAAACAACUCCCUGACGGGAACUUCGAAGUGGGUGUUCACAUUGCGGAUGUGAGCUACUUUGUACUGGAAGAAACAGCACUGGAUAAAGUGGCGAGCGAGAGGGCAACGAGUGUCUAUUUAGUGCAAAAGGUGAUCCCAAUGCUUCCCAAGCUGCUCUGUGAGGAGCUGUGCAGUCUCAAUCCCAUGCGAGACCGGCUGACGUUCUCUGUGAUGUGGAAGGUGACUCCAAAAGGCAAGAUCCUUGACGAAUGGUUUGGGCGGACAGUCAUCUGCUCCUGCGCAAAGCUGAGCUACGACCACGCACAGAGCAUGAUAGAAAACCCCGGGAAGGUGUUCUCACCUGAAGAACUGCCCCCUAUCUCCCCUCAGCACUCAGUAGCUGAGAUCCAGCAAGCUGUGCUGAAUCUGCAUCGCAUCGCCCAGCACCUCCGCAAGCAGCGCUUCAUCGACGGUGCUCUGCGCCUAGACCAGCUGAAGCUCUCGUUUACCUUGGACCAGGAGAGUGGGAUGCCUCAAGGCUGCUAUAUCUAUCAGUACCGGGACAGCAACAAGCUGGUAGAGGAGUUCAUGCUGCUGGCAAACAUGGCCGUGGCCCAUCAGAUCUACCGCUCCUUCCCCGAGCAGGCGCUGCUUCGCCGCCACCCACCGCCCCAGAGCAAGCUGCUGAAUGACCUGAUGGAGUUCUGCCACCAAGUUGGCCUUGAGAUCGACUUCAGCAGCGCGGGCAGCCUGCAUAAAAGCUUAAAUGAAACAUUUGGAGCUGACAAAUACUCCGAAGCCAGGAAAGAAGUGCUGACCAACAUGUUCUCCAGGCCCAUGCAGAUGGCUCUGUACUUCUGCACCGGCGUCCUGAAGGACGAGACCCUCUUCCGCCACUACGCCCUCAACGUGCCCUUCUACACGCACUUCACUUCGCCCAUCCGUCGCUACGCAGACGUCGUUGUGCAUCGGCUGCUCUCCGCAUCGCUCGGUAUCAGCUCUCCCGUCAAGAUGGAGAAGGAGGCCAUCCAGCGACAAGCAGAGCAUUGCAAUGACAGGAAGAUGGCUUCCAAAAGGGUGCAGGAGCUCAGCACCGACCUCUUCUUUGCUGUCUUCGUCAGGGAGUGCGGUCCUCUGGAGUCUGAGGCCAUGGUGAUGGGUGUCCUGAACGAGGCCUUUGACGUCCUGGUGCUGAAGUUUGGAGUCCAGAAGCGAAUCUACUGCAACGCACUGCCCUUGCUGGGCUUCCACUUCCAGAAGGUGGGGAGGAAGCCAGAGCUGACGCUCAUGUGGGAGCCGGAGAGCCCAGAGCAGGAAUCUGUGUCCCAGGAGAUCACCAUUUUCACGCUGGUGGAGGUGGUGCUGAAGUCGGACGGGGUUCCCCUGAAAUACAGCGCUCUGCUCAAGAGGCCCAGCACUGAGAAGUGAGCGCGCCCAGCCACAGCUCUGACACUUUGUCACCAGCGCCGCACCAGCACCCACGGGGACAGAGGGGACCCGCCAGGAGUUUGGGGAUUUGAAUUUUAAGAUUGACAUCAUUUUAUUUCUGAUUUGAAUUUUAACCCAGGGAUCGGGUUCAUACUGGCAGAUAUUUUUAGCUUUAUGGUUUGUUUUUUUUCCUUUACGAGGCAGUGGGUGCCCGUCCCUUGCCACUGGGGGUGCCUGUGGUGAGGGCUACAUGGAGACUGAAUGUUCCUGAAAGCGGAGGGGCUGCUUUAGGCUGGGUGGACUGACCAGGCCUCUCAGAAGGGCUCCCAGCUGGGCCAUGUGUCAUGAAAUAAAGCCAGGUCAGCAGCCGUGA